CUCCAUUAUUUAUUUCUCGGCUAACCUGACAUUCCAAAACGACGCCCUUUCCGACGCGGCUACGCAGGAUAUUGACUACCCGUUGACUUCUAAUGGGUCUCGCCGGGAAACCCGCCGUCGCCAUUUCCGACCGAUUACCGGAGUCCUCCCUGCUUCUCAUCCCUCACGAGGGCUCCAUAUGCAAAAUCCCCUCCGAUUCUUUUCACUUCGCCUACAUCAUCUACUUCACUCUGGGCGUCGGCUUCCUUCUUCCAUGGAAUGCCUUCAUCACCGCCGUCGAUUACUUCUCCUAUCUCUACCCCGCCGCCUCCGUCGACCGGAUCUUCGCCGUCAUUUACAUGCUUGUCGGUCUCGUCUUCCUCCUCCUCAUCGUCGUCUUCUAUGCCCACAAGUAUAACGCCUGCAUCCGCAUCAAUCUCGGCCUCUCCCUCUUUGUCGUGACCUUGCUCGUGGUUCCCAUCAUGGAUCUGGUCUACAUCAAGGGGCGGGUCGGGCUCUACGCCGGGUUCGAUGUCACCGCCGUCGCCGUCGCCCUCUCCGGAAUUGCCGACGCUCUUAUGCAGGGCGGUCUCAUCGGCGUCGCUGGUCAGUUACCGGAGAGGUACAUGCAGGCUGUCCUCGCCGGAACCGCAGGCUCCGGGGUUCUUGUUUCAUUUCUGAGAAUCUUAACUAAAGCUGUAUACCCUCAAGAUCCAGAUGGGCUACGGAAAAGCGCAAAUCUUUACUUUGCUGUGGGAAUUGUUGUUAUGGUCAUCUGUUUUGUGUUCUACAACGUAGCAGACAGACUUCCUGUCAUAAAGUAUUAUGAUGAACUCAAGAACGAGGCUAUAAACGAGGAGAAACAGGCAAAAGGUUCUUUAACAGGAUCCGUAUGGAGAAAGACCCUCUGGGAAAUUGUGGUGAGAGUAAAAUCCUACGGCUUUGGGAUUGUUCUCAUCUACAUUGUGACCCUUUCAAUAUUUCCAGGCUUCAUCACUGAGGAUGUUCAUUCAGAAUCUCUCAAGGACUGGUACCCGGUUCUGCUCAUUGCGGCCUACAACGUGUUUGACUUGGUGGGCAAGUCAUUGACGGCAGUGAUUAUGCUCGAGGACGAGAAAAUUGCAGUUGGAGGUUGCAUUGCAAGGCUGUUGUUUUACCCGCUCUUCUGGGGUUGCUUGCACGGUCCGAGGUUUCUAAGGACAGAGAUUCCGGUUACUCUUCUUACAUGCCUCUUGGGACUCACUAAUGGGUACUUAGCGAGUGUUCUGAUGAUUCUUGCUCCGAAAUCCGUUCAGUUGAAACACUCCGAGACUGCAGGUAUCGUAACCGUACUGUUCUUGGUUACGGGUUUGGCUGCUGGGUCGAUCUUGGCUUGGUUCUGGGUCGUCUGAUUCACCCAAAACAUACUGGUGAAUCGUGUGUAGGAGUGGAAUAUAUGAAUAGGACAGGGAAAGAACCAAACUUCUAUGUCGUAGGAGCAGAAGCCACGUGAACUGCUUCUAUCUCAUAUCAGAU